AUGGCAAGGCACUUUUUGAUGCUGGGUCAGUCACUGCACAAAGUUGAUCUAGAUCAUGCGAAGGAUCUGGAGGAGAUUCGAUCGCGCAUUUUACAAUAUGCAAAAGAGAACCCAGAAAAACCGCGCAUACUGUGUAAAGGCUGGAUGCAUUCCAUGACUAACGGGGAAGCCAAGGCGAGCAUGCUGGACGAUCUUGACGUUGGGGGAAGACCCAUAUACAUAGAUUCCAAGGACAUCCAUUCGUGUUGGUGUAACAGCGCAGCGUUAAAAGAGAUGGGUGUUCAGGAUAUGGAGGUGCCGGCUGGUGGAACGAUCGAAAGAGAUGCCGACGGGAAUGCUUCGGGUCUUUUGAGCGAAGCUUGCGUGCUUUUGAUCGUCUGGCCAUAUCUAGCAAAGGUCACGCCACUAGAUGAAAAAAUGUCGGCUUUGAGAACUGCAAUCAAAGCAUACCAUGCGGUUGGCUGUACUGGAUGUAUCGAUAUGGCGAUGGAUGAAAAUGCCUGGGACGCUAUUCUUGCUUUACGAUCUGCCGAAGGUUUACCACUGCGAGUCGCUGCCCAUUGGUGCAUCAUGCCAGGCGAUGGAGAAGAGCAUCGAUUGCAGCAAGUUGAGCGUGCUAUUAAGCUGAGUCAAGAGUUCAAUAACAAGACGAGCCCCGAUUUAAGGAUCGUUGGUAUCAAGGUCAUCUGCGAUGGAGUUAUUGAUGCCUGUACUGCAGCGUUAGCAGAACCUUAUACGUCUAAUGGUCAUUUCGAGGGUCCCAUCUGGACACCUGAAAUGCUCGAUCCCGUAGUCAAAAAAGCAAUCGAGGGUGGAUUGCAAUGCGCAUUACAUGCAAUUGGUGACCAAGCCGUUCACAACGCUGUCAACGUCCUUGAGAAGUAUGGCAACCAUGGCCAAAGGCACCGCAUCGAGCAUCUCGAACUCACCGCGCCGGAAGAUGCAAAGCGACUUGGCCAGCUGGGCAUUACAGCGAGCAUACAGCCAGUACACUCCGAUCCAGCCAUUCUUCGUGCGUGGCCGAAACUUCUUGGCCCCGAACGAGUGAAGCGAGCAUUCGCAUAUUCCGACUUCGCAGAACACGGCGCACCGCUCGCUAUCGGCUCAGAUACACCUACAGCACCCUAUGCACCUUUGCCAAACUUGUACGUUGCAACCACCCGUAAAUCGGCGAGACAACCGCACGUGGGCGACGCGCCUGUUAAUGAGAACUUCAAGCUUGAGUUGACCCAAGCAGUAGCUGCUGCAACAGAGGGCGCAGCUUAUUCUUCUUUCGCUGAGGGUCGUGUAGGAAGUCUGGAAGUUGGAAAGAUGGCGGAUUUCUGUGUGGUGGAAAUGGAGUGGGAAGGGGAAGAAUUACUCAAAGCCAAGAUAUUGGGAACGUGGUUCGAAGGAAACCAGGUGUAUAGUGCUUAG